GAGAGAGAGGGAGGGAGAGAGUUGUCAGUCUUUCAUUUUGCUAAUUUUUUCCGCUGUGGACUCUUCUCCUCUUCUCUUCUCUUCCCUUCCCUUCUCGUCUCUUGCCUGGCUUCUCUCUUCCAUACAGUAUGUCUGGUUCUAGAUCAGGUUCAGUAGAUCCGUACGCCCUCAUGUGUGAGGAGAUGCUGAAGAAGGAGCAGGAGACCAUAAUGGAGUUCAUCAGGCAGAAGAUGCUGCUACUGGGAGAGAAGGCCAUGCUUCAGAAGUCCGUCCGUGAGGAGAAGAAGUUGCUGGUGGAGAAUGCCAAGCUGAAGGAGGAGAUCGAGCAGCUGAAGAAACAACUGCAGGAGAACCAGCGCAGGAAAGCAGCUAAGCUGAAGGUGCUGGCUGAGGCCAAGACGGCCAGUCCUACACCACCGGAGCCAGCAGGGGGCGGCAUCACCACACCCUCCGCAUCCCCCGCACCCAGACCUGCACCACGGGCUGAAGCCAGGAAGAAGAAAGGUGCGUGCAGGAGGUCGGCAGGUGGUCAGGAGAGUGAGUUGGCUAUCUCGCAGCUGGACCUGAGAGUGGGGCGCAUCCUGUCGGCACGGCAACACCCGGAGGCGGAGUCUCUGUGCAUCCAGGAAGUGGACGUGGGAGAUGGCCAGCCCAGGACCGCCGUCAGCCGAGCCAUAGCCAACACACACACUGAGGAGACUAGUGAAGUCCUCUGCGUGUGUGUGUGUAACGGGCGUGCGGUGCGUGUGAGGGGUGUGUUGUCCAAGGUGCACAUCCUCUGUGCCGUGAAUGCCGACUCCGCCUACAUGGAGAUGAUAGCCCCGCCCACCUCUGCCCAGCCCGGAGACAGAGUGACCUUCAACGCCUACCCAGGUGAGCCGGAUCGGGAGCUGAGUCCGCGUGUGUUUGGGCGCCUGCAGCCAGAUCUCACCACGGACGCGAGGGGCGUGGCCUGCUAUAAGGGCGUGGCCUUCGAGGUGAAGGGGAAGGGCCUGUGCCGGGCCGCCAGCAUCUGCAACGGAUCCAUCAAAUAACACCACGGCAACCGUCUCCUAGGCAACCUAGAUCUCCAAGGCAACCUAGAUCUCCAAGGCAAUGGACCAUCACCACCACAGUCUUGAACUGAAGCGACGCUAGUACAUUUGUACUGACAAGCCAAUAAAGUUUUGUCCGUUGCUUUUUUUAUUCAAA